AUGGCAGUGUCUCUGACUUCAUCUGUGACCGCCAACGUCCGACACAAUUUGCUUUUGUACGUGAAUGGCCAGCGCAUUGAAAUUAAUGAGAAGUGUGUGCAUCCAGAGCAGACUUUGUUGCAGUUUUUGCGUCACGAUCUCGGGCUCACCGGCACUAAACUUGGCUGUGGUGAAGGCGGUUGUGGUGCCUGUACCGUAAUGGUAUCUAAGAUCGACAUUACUACAGGCCGCGUACGGCAUGUGUCGGUUAAUUCUUGCUUGACCCCACUUUGCUCUAUGGACUCUUGCGCUAUCACUACUGUUGAAGGUGUAGGCACUAUUUCGGCUUUGGCCGGCAAAGCUACACGGUUACAUGAGGUGCAAAAGACUUUGGCAGAGUCGCAUGCGUCGCAGUGCGGCUACUGUACACCUGGUUUUGUCAUGGCACUUUAUUCACUUGUUAAGCAGCGUGAGACAGGCGAGAAUAUCACGAUGGAAGACAUUGAGCACGGCAUGGACGGAAAUUUAUGUCGUUGUACAGGAUAUCGUCCGAUCUUAGAUGCGGCCAAGAGCUUUGGUGCUGAUGCAAGCGAGGCACAGUGCAAAGGUACAUGUUUAGGUUGUCCCAAUGUAAAAAUUGGCAACACAGAGAUGGAUAUUGAGGAUUUACAUGGCAAUAAAUCCCAACACAUUAUGACUUGCUCAUCUCAUAAGAUACGAAAGCUUGCUAAUCAACGAAAAUUUCGUGAAAUCACUGAAAAGGAUGAUUGCGAGACUAAACUUUCGUUUCCUAAUGAGCUGGGAGAAAUGGCGAAGACUCCACAAACGUUGCAGAUUAACGGAAAUGACGUCCAGUGGUUCGCACCUGUGUCAUUAUCACACCUUCUUCAGCUAAAAAAACAGCAUGGUGACGCUAAAGUCGUUGUUGGCAACACGGAAAUGGGAAUAGAAACCAAAUUCAAAGGUUUUAAGUACGCGCAUUUGAUCAAUGUCAGUCGAAUUCCCGAACUAUUUAUCAUAGAAGAUGUGACACCGACCGAUUGUAUCAACCAGACCGUUCUUGAGAACGCUGAUCCCUUCCAAGGUGUAAAAUUUGGUGCUGCGAUAUCACUAACCGAUGUUAAGAAGCACUUGUCAGAGCAUAUCAAGACCUUGCCGUUUUAUCAAGUUCGGGCUUUUGACUCGAUUGUUAAGAUGCUUCAGUGGUUUGCUAGUACGCACAUCCGAAACGUGGCGUGUAUUGCCGGCAAUCUUGUUACGGCAAGCCCGAUCUCAGACCUGAACCCAUUGCUUGCAGCCAUGAAUGCGUACAUCGAACUGCGAUCGACGGGAGGCACUCGGCACAUCAGAGUUCGUGACUUUUUCCUCUCAUACCGAAAGGUAGAUUUGGAGCUAAAUGAGGUCAUUACAGCGAUAUAUGUUCCUUUCACGAGAAAAUGGGAAUACAUGCUUCCUUUUAAGCAGGCUCGAAGGCGCGAGGACGAUAUCAGCAUUGUCACAGCGGGAAUUCGAGUACGGCUAGAGUGCUCGCGAGAUCCCACCGCUUGGAUUAUCAAGGAUGUCUCUGUGGUGUUUGGUGGAAUGGCGCCGGUGACAAAGCCCGCAGUCGAAACGGAACAUUUUCUCACUGGCAAGAUUUUUGAUGCUUCGACGAUCGACGAAGCGUGUAAUAUGCUACACGCGGGCGACUUCAAUCUCCCCGACAGUGUUCCCGGUGGAAUGGCUAAGUACAGAGAAAGUUUGUGCUCGUCAUUUCUUUACAAAUUCUUUGUUGUGUCCUCGGAACAAAUUCAGCUUGAUUUAAGUAAGGUUGCGGUCUUAGACCUUCCAAAGGCUCCGGCUAUUGAUGCCAGAUUGCAGUCUGCAGGCAAGUCAUUCUUGCAUUAUGCACGCCCUGCUUCAUAUGGCAUUCAGGCCUUUGGAAUGGAGACGGGUGGUCUUCAAGACUCAAAACACCAAUCUGUAGGUAAUGCAACGACGAAGAGAGGUCCAGUAGGCGACCCACUCAUGCACAAGUCAGCUUACCUGCAGGUAAGCGGAGAAGCUUCUUACACUGAUGACAUCCCAGCCAUUCACGGAACGCUCCACGGUGCUUUGGUUUUAUCAACUUGUGCUCAUGGACUAAUCAAAAGCAUAGAUGCAAGCGAUGCACUGGCAUUGAAGGGUGUUUAUCGCUUCUUUGAUUCUUCUAUUUUUGAGACUGAACAGCUUGGCUCGAACAAGAUUGGUCCUGUGGUAAAAGACGAGGAGUGUUUUGCAUCAAGAGAAGUAUUGUGCGUUGGGCAACCGAUUGGUAUAAUUGUUGCGGAAACACACGAAUUAGCUAUGGCGGCCGUUGACAUGGUGAAGGUCACUUACGAAGAGUUGCCAUCUGUGAUAACUAUCAAAGAUGCAAUAUGUAGCAAAUCGUUCUUUCACCCAGUGCACUCUAUCGACAGCGGCAACGUUGAGAUAGGGCUUGCAGAGUCGGACAUUGUUCUGGAGGGUGAGGUUCACAUGGGUGGGCAGGAGCAAUUUUAUUUCGAGACGAAUGUCUCAUUGUGCAUACCUCAAGAGGGUGGUAUGAAAAUUAUCUCUUCCACGCAAGCCACAACGAAAGCGCAGGUUUUGGCGGCUACUGUGCUGGGUAUCAAUUCGAAUCGAAUCACAAGUAUGACCAAACGCAUUGGUGGGGGCUUUGGGGGAAAAGAAACGCGUUCUGUGUUUGUGACGUGUGCAGCUGCAAUUGCAGCUUACGUGAUGAAACGUCCCGUUAAGUGUCUUUUGGAACGCCAUGUCGACAUGCUGACCACUGGUGGGCGACAUCCCUUUUAUGCUAAGUACAAGGUUGGUGUUAAGCGUGAUGGAACCAUUCUGGCCCUGGAUGUUGAUAUCUAUAAUAACGCUGGGUACUCGAUGGAUCUAUCGUUGGCUGUAAUGGAUCGCGCGCUUUUUCAUUGCGACAAUGUGUAUAAAAUUCCAAACCUUCGCUGCAACGGGACCCUUUGCCGUACUAAUCUUCCAACAAAUACUGCUUUUCGCGGAUUUGGUGGACCUCAAGGUCUUUUUAUUGCUGAGACGUACAUCGAUCACAUUGCUCGCACAUUAAAGCUUUUUCCCGAAGAGAUUCGGUCUCGUAACAUGUACAUUGAAGGCCAAACAACCCACUUUGGUCAAAUACUUGAGGACUUUAACUUGCGGUCAUUAUGGCAACAAACAAUCGAUCGCAGUGACUUUACGACAAAAAGGAAAGAGGUUGAGGCUUUCAACCAGCGUAAUCGCUGGAAAAAGCGUGGUAUUGCGAUCUUGCCAACAAAAUUUGGUAUCAGCUUCACCUCAAAGUUUAUGAAUCAAGGUGGCUCUUUGGUACAUGUGUAUGCAGACGGAAGUGUUUUGGUCUCACACGGUGGCGUUGAAAUGGGGCAAGGUUUACACACAAAAGUGAUCCAGGUGGUCGCGCUCGCUUUUGGAAUUCCGCAUGAGCAGGUGCAUAUUGAAGAGACGUCGACAAAUAAGGUCCCGAAUUCGCAGCCGUCAGCAGCCUCCAUGAGCACGGACAUGUAUGGGAUGGCAACUUUAGACGCGUGUGAACAGAUUUUAGAGCGUCUGGCACCCAUUCGUGAACGACUUGGACCAAACGCCUCGUUCAGUGAUGUUACAAAUGCAGCCUACUUUGAAAGAGUCAACAUGUCAGCUCAAGGGUUCUACGUUGUUCCAAAAGAGCGUUGUGGUUAUGAUUUUUCCAAGUCUGUAGCCGAAAAUGUUAAGGGAGGCACAGCAUUUAAUUACUUUACAACAGGCGUUGCUUGUACUGUUGUGGAGCUCGAUGUGCUUACUGGUGACUUUCACAUGUUGAGUGUCGACAUUAUGAUGGAUCUCGGCGCCAGCAUCAACCCUGCCAUUGACAUUGGCCAGAUUGAAGGCGCGUUUAUGCAAGGAUUUGGAUUGUUUGCGCUGGAGGAGUUGGUAUGGGGUGAUGAUGGGCAUCCGUGGGUAAAACGAGGAAAUUUGUUUACUCGGGGUCCUGGAGCUUACAAAAUUCCGAGCGCCAACGAUGUUCCAUUAAAUUUCCGUGUGUGGCUCGAAUCAAAUCAAAAGAACAAAUUUGCAGUGCACUCGAGCAAGGCGGUUGGAGAACCUCCGCUGUUCUUAGGCUCUAGUGCUUUUUUUGCUGUGAAGGAGGCUAUUUACGCAGCCAGACUGGAUGCUGGUCAUCACGAAUACUUUGAAUUGCGCAGCCCUGUGACGACUGAAAGAGCACGGAUGGCAUGCGCCGAUGAAAUGCUGAAGAAAGUUUUCACAGCGCGAGGUUCUGAUAUGCUAAGCUACCAGCCAAGUGGAAGUUUCUAG